AUGUCUCCCCUCGACCUGAAUCUCCCAACCGCUCUACUCCUAAUCGACAACCAAUCCGCCUUCUGCCACCCAGAAACAGUAUCUCAAUGGGGCACAACACGUUCCAACCCACUCUACGAAGUCAACAUCCAGGCUCUCCUCACCGCAUUCCGUACCGCGCGCUCAACAUCUAAAGCACCACUGGAAGUGAUCCAUGUAUUCCACUCCUCGGUGACACCGGGCUCCCCACUUCAUCCCCUCCACCCAGCACACGGAAUUCGUCCACUAGACUUCGCCAUCCCAGCAUCAGACGGGUCAGAGCCCGUGUUCUGGAAGACUGUUAACUCUUCGUUCAUUGGAACGAAGCUUGAGGCGCAUCUCAGAGAGAAGGGUAUUCGGCAGCUGGUUAUUGCGGGGCUGACGACUGAUCAUUGCGUUUCCACGACGACGCGUAUGGCGGCGAAUUUGGGUGUUGUGGAUCGGUUUCUUGGGGAGGGGCCAGUAAAGGUGAAUCCCGACGGGACGCAUGAGAAGGAUGUGAAAGUUGAUAAGGGACGGAUUGUGCUCGUGGAGGAUGCUACUGCGACUUUUGGGAAGUCUGGGAUUGAUUCGGAGACUAUUCAUAAGGUCUCGGUUGCUAGUCUUGAUGGGGAGUUUGCCGAUGUUAUUGGGACUGAGGAAGUGAUUAAAGCUCUGCGUAAAGUGGCGCAUUGA